AUGUACAGAUCCACUCUUAUUAAGACAUCCGCUGCGGGCACUAGGACGGCAGCCGCAGGGUACAGGUCGCAGGACGCUGGGCUCCUCGUAGCUCGAGUACUAUUCUCCACUUCUGCCACCCGUGCGCAGGGCGGAAAUCCUCGAUCGCCACUUCAGAUCUUCCGUGACACAUUCAAGAAGGAAUGGGAGAAGUCCCAGGAACUGCAGGAGAACAUAAAAACCCUGCAGGACGCCUCCGGGAAGCUGGGCGAGUCAGAGGCAUACAAAAAGGCCAGAGAGGCCUACCUGAGGGCUCAGAGAGGCUCCACGAUCGUGGGGAAGACGUUGAAGAAGACCGGUGAGACCAUGGAACACAUAGCCACUAAGGCCUGGGAGUCUGAACUCGGUAAGAACACAAGAAAGGCAGCUUCCGCCACGGCGAAAAGACUGGACGAGAGCUUCGAGCCCGUCAGGCAGACUAAGAUUUACAAGGAGGUCUCCGAAGUCAUCGACGAUGGCGAGAGUUCCCGGUACGGCGGGUUCAUCACCAAGGAGCAAAGAAGGCUCAAGCGUGAGAAGGACCUGGCCUCUGGGAAAAGACACAGGGCGGUCAAAAGCAAUGAUGAGGCUGGCACGGCGGUGGUCGCUACAAACAUCGAGUCCAAGGAAUCGUUCGGCAAGAAGGUGGAGGAUUUCAGGGAAAAGACCGCGAUGGGCCGUUCCAUACAGUCUCUUAAGAACAGGUUGUGGGACGAAAGUGAAAACCCCCUGAUCGUGAUCAUGAGGAAAGUAACCAACAAAGUGGGCGGGUUCUUUGCGGAGACGGAAUCGUCCCGUGUUCACAGCCAGUUCAAGUUGAUGGACCCCACUUUUUCGAACGAAAGCUUCACCAGGCACUUGAGAGACUACAUCGUUCCGGAGAUCCUCGAAGCGUAUGUGAAAGCAGACGUCAAAGUCUUGAAGAAAUGGUUUAGUGAGGCGCCCUACAACGUUUAUGCCGCUCAACAGAAAAUUUUCAGAGAACAAGACGUAUAUGCGGAUGGCCGUAUCCUGGACAUCAGGGGCGUCGAGAUCGUGAGUGCAAAGCUGUUGGCUCCUCAAGACAUUCCAGUCCUGGUGGUCGGGUGUAGGGCACAAGAAAUCAACCUUUACAGGAAAAGGAAGACCGGCGAGAUCGCCGCCGGUAACGAAGCCAACAUCUUGAUGAGCUCGUACGCCAUGGUUUUCACCAGAGACCCGGAGCAAAUCGAUGAUGACGAAACAGAGGGCUGGAAGAUCCUGGAGUUUGUUCGCGGCGGGUCUAGACAGUUUACCUGA